GUUCAUAUCCAGCUAUAAAUCCGUAACUAAAAUAUAUUCUUCUUUUUUUUUUUUUGGUCAGAAAAUAUAUUCUUCUUAUACUCCAAUUUUAGGUUUUCUUUUUCUUUUCGUUUUUUAUAAAUCGGUUGUCUUUGUUUAGAAAUCCUUACGAGAAAGAUGCGCCUAUAUAAUUAACCAUUAAUUGUGCAUUGAUAUAUCGUAGUAGUUUUUUUUUUCUUCACUAAAAAUCUAAAAGCAUUCACUCUUCAUAGAACUAUGUCCUCUCAAGAACUUGAUCAUGGGAGCAAUGGCAUCCACUUUUUAAAGAUUAUUCUUCAAUCUACCCUUCAACAAGGAAAAUUGAAAGUGCCUAUAAGUUUUGUGAGGAGGCAUUGGAAAGGAAUAACAAACCCAGUUACUCUAAGUCUUCCAAAUUUGACUGAAAAGAAAGUUUUUUGGGAGAAAACUAGUGAUUAUGAUGUUUGGUUUUGCAAUGGUUGGAAAGAAUUUGCAAAUUAUUUGUCUUUGAGUGAUUCACAAUGUUUGGUGUUUCAAUAUCAAGGAAAUUCGCUCUUUAAUGUGAUUGGAUUCGGAAAAUGCGGAUUAGAAAUAAAAUACCCUUUAAAAGAAGCUAGUGAAGAAUUUGAAGAAAGUGAUUGUUCUUUAAAACUUAUUGAGAAUCCUUCGUCAUUGCGGAGUAAAAGGCUAAAAUCUUCGUCAUCAUCUUAUAACGUUUGUAAGAAGAUUAAAAUCAACUCAAAAGAACAAAAAGAAUUUAAAGAUGACAAGAGAAUAGUUCAAGCACAAGCAAGGUUUCCCAAAUUUAAGGAUAUGGACAAUGGUGAAAUACUCAAAAUUUUACCAGGAAAUAGUUGUAAUGAUCUCAAGGAGAGAGGCUUAGUUUUGUACGAGAAAGUGAAGAAAAAGUUUCACUGUGAUAAGGACUUCUUCGCAUGUAUGAUCCACAAGACAUACAUUGAGAGAGAUAUGCUGGCCAUACCAAAUGAAUUUGGUUAUACACAUCUACACAGAAUGGAAGGAAGAAAUGCGACACUUUUUAUUGACCAAGAGAGAACAUGGAAUGUUGAUUUAAAGCUCACACGAAGUAAACAUAAACAAUUCAGACUUACUAGUGGUUGGAGUAAAUUUCGUGCUCACAAUAAUUUGAAAUUAGGUGAUGUUUGUGUUUUUAUUCUAAACAAAUGCAAAGGGACAGUUUCAUUCCAAGUUGUUAUUUUCUCUCUGGAAAAGGACAUGAGUGCCCCAUAUUUUGAAGGGUUGUGACUUGAAAGAAUGUGAUACAUGCCUAUUGAAGAUGGUGGAUGAGAUAAAGCAUGUAUUUGAUGCAAUUUCAAGAAGUAGCUGCUAAAUUAGAGUUUUGUUAGUCUCACUGUUUCAUGAUUUAUUUCUCAUUCCAAAUUAUAUGGAUUGAAAUUGUUUUGAACAAGGUUUUAAGCAAUCAGAGGAAUUAUUUACAUUUUAUUCA